AUGGUAUUUUUUUUAGAGAGAUUGUUUGCUCAAACACAACUGAUCACUUUUACACCUUUCUAUAAUAGUCUAAAUUGUAAUAAUGCAAUCAAUGGUGUUGGAUUCGGAAGUAAACAAUUCCAAUGUUCAUUAAAUUUCACAGAUAGUAUUUCAUUUAUGGUUUACAAUAUCUAUAAUACUCAAGAGUAUAAUUUGACAUAUCAUGGUGAUGUCUAUUGUGAUGACUAUCUGCACUACGAGAUGUAUACAAUGGAUGAGUGUACAUACUCUGACUAUUCUGGCUCCUCUUACUUGCUUGGUGAGGCAUACCAAUGGAGUGAUGUCAAAGUUCCUGCCAACUCGAUUCUCUACCAAACAUUGGACAAUAUCUGUGAGAACGUUCAGUCUUAUUGGUAUGCAACCAAUGGAACCACUAUUCAAGACAAACACGCUCCAUGGGGAUCCACUCAAUACUACUGCCAACAAGGUAAGGCAUACUCCAGAUACUGCUCUCCAAAUGGUCCUUGCAUUACCAACCAAAUGAUGUUGGAUGAUUGUUCAAGUUCAAGUCCAUUCAAAAUUAUUUGCACAUAA